AUGGAUAAUGAGGAGGAUGGGGUGAAUAUGAAGUUGAUCAAGUGUGCUCUGAUUGAUUGUACCGUGCCGGUAUUUUCGAUUAGUAUUUCGUUUGGGUUCUUGGUUUUGGGGGAAGUCAAUGGGGUCAGGGUUUUUCCGUUAAGGCCCCUCGUGAAAGGAAAGGUUAAAAAAACUAGGCGAGUGUGUAAGAAUUUUAAUGUUGGAUUGGAUACUGGGGAGUUCGAUGGACAGAGAUUGAAUUUGCCCAAUGGGGUAGCUCGGGAAGUCAAUGGAAGUGAUGAAUUUGAUAACAAUUCAAAGGAUUGCACAAAUUGUGGAGUUGUUGGUCGUGGUACCAGAAGUAUUGCUCCUGAAGGGACUGUUGAGGUUUCUUCUAAUGGCCACCGGGAAAAAAAGAUAGACAAGCAAGGUGUAGUUUCAAAAAAUUUUGGAUGA